GGCACAACCCAGAGUAUAAAGGGUGCUGGCCGCACGGCCAGAAUCAGACCAGCUGAGGCCCAGCAGCAGCCCGGCAGCCGCUCCCAGACGCGGACGGACAGGACACUCCCGCCAUGAGGCCCGUGACAGUCCUCCCCCUACUGGCCCUGGCCGCACUGUGCCUGGCUGGCACGGCGGAUGCGAAGCCCAGCGGUGUGGAGUCCCGCAGAGGUGCAGCCUUCGUGUCCAAGCAGGAGGGCAGCGAGGUGGUGAGGAGGCUCCGGCGUUACCUGGACUCCGGGCUGGGAGCCCCAGCCCCCUACCCGGAUCCCCUGGAGCCCAAGAGGGAAGUCUGCGAGCUCAGCCCCAACUGUGACGAGCUGGCUGACCACAUCGGCUUCCAGGACGCUUACCAGCGCUUCUAUGGCACAGUCUAGAGAGGGCAGCAACCCCCCAACCCCGGCUCCCCUCCCCUCUCCCUGGCCCCCCUGCCCCGCAAGUGUGGGGUCCCCAUCAUCCCAGCUGCUCCAGAAUAAACCCCGGAAGAGGAAUUUGUG